CGGAGGGUCCUCUGCGCCUCGGAGCUGCGCAGUAGCGCACUGGGUGUAGUCUGGACUCUCGUCUUUUCCUGCUGGAGUUUGUUGCAUGGCGGCGGCGGACACAAAGAGCUGAGGCCGAGCGCAGACCCGCACACCCCCACACAGUACACAGCACAGCCGGACACGAGCUGCGGAGGCGGCCGGGACGGAGACACCCGCCCUACGCUUCAGUCGCUGCCCGGAGACGGUUCAUGUCGGUAACCGGGGAGUUUCUGCAAACUCUGAAAAGUUGAAGGAGAGUUCGCGAGGGAGCCGCGCGCAGUCUUCUGAUCGUGAGGGAGGACGGAGGGGGCAGGAAAAAUGCCGAGUGUGAUCCGGGCUCUGGUGGCUCUGAGCUGGGCGGCGGCGCUGUGCGUGCGCGCUGCCAUGGACGAGUGCUCGGACGAGCGGGACCGGCCGCAGCGCUGCAUGCCCGAGUUCGUCAACGCUGCCUUCAACGUGACGGUGGUGGCCACCAAUACCUGCGGCUCUCCGCCCGAGGAGUACUGCGUGCAGACCGGCGCCACCGGGGUCACCAAGUCGUGCCACAUCUGCGACGCCCGGGACCCGCGGAACCACCACGGCGCCGCGUACCUGACCGACUACAACAACCAGCAGGACACUACCUGGUGGCAGAGCCAGACCAUGCUGGCGGGGAUUCAGUACCCGAACUCCAUCAACCUCACCCUGCACCUCGGUAAGGCCUUCGACAUCACCUACGUCCGCCUCAAGUUCCACACCAGCCGGCCGGAGAGCUUCGCCAUCUACAAGCGGACCAGCGAGGGCAGCCCCUGGGUGCCGUACCAGUACUACAGCAGCUCCUGUGAGAAGACCUACCAGAAAGCGAACCGCGGCUUCAUCCGCACCGGCCAGGACGAGCAGCAGGCGCUCUGCACCGACGAGUUCAGCGACAUCUCGCCGCUCACGGGAGGAAACGUGGCCUUCUCCACGCUGGAGGGACGACCCAGCGCCUACAACUUCGACAACAGCCCCGUCCUCCAGGACUGGGUGACGGCCACCGACAUCAGAGUGACCCUGAACCGGCUCAACACAUUCGGAGACGAGGUCUUCAAUGACCCCAAGGUCCUCAAGUCCUACUACUACGCCAUCUCUGACUUCGCGGUGGGAGGAAGGUGUAAGUGUAACGGCCACGCCAGCGAGUGCGCGAGGAACGAUGGAGGACGGCUGGUGUGUAACUGUAAACACAACACCGCCGGCGACGACUGCCAAGAGUGCCAACCGUUCUUCAACGACCGGCCCUGGAGGAGAGCGACGGCCGACAGCCCCAACGAGUGUCUGCCCUGCGAGUGUAGCGGGAAGAGUGCCGAGUGUUUCUUCGACGCUGAGCUGUACCGGGCCACCGGUCACGGCGGCCACUGCAGGAACUGCGCCGACAACACGGACGGCCCCAACUGCGAGCGUUGCCUCGACAACUACUACAGAGACCCGGGCGCCAGCCGCUGCCUGCCCUGCCUCUGCAACCCCGUCGGCUCUGUGUCCCCUCAGUGUGAUGACCGCGGCAUGUGUGCGUGUAAACCCGGAGUGACCGGAGAGAAGUGCGACCGCUGCCAGCCGGGACACCACAGCCUGACGGAGGCUGGCUGCAGGCAGUGCUCUUGCUCGCCCUCAGGCAGCACGCAGGAGUGUGACGUGAACACGGGUCAGUGUCGCUGCAAAGACAACGUGGAGGGCUUCAGCUGCGACAGGUGUAAGCUGGGUUACUUUAACCUGGAUGAGAACAACCCUCAGGGCUGCACGCCAUGCUUCUGCUUCCAGCACUCGUCCGUGUGCGACAGCGCCGACGGCUUCAGCGUCCACGCCAUCAAAUCUGACUUUAGCAGAGAUGAUGAGCAGUGGACUGGUCAGGAGCGUGAUGGAGCCAGGGGCCAGGUGCAGUGGUCAUCCAGCGGACAGGAAAUCUUCCUCAUCUCAGAGGACUACUUCCCCAUUUACUUUGUGGCACCAGAGAAGUUUUUGGGGAACCAGGUUUUGAGUUAUGGGCAGAACCUGACCCUGAACUUCCGAGUGGACCGGCGGGACAGCCGUCUGUCGGCCGAGGAUCUGGUGCUAGAGGGGGCGAACCUGCGGGUGGCCGUCCCCCUCAUCGCCCAGGGCAACUCCUACCCCAAUGAGAACACGCAGACAUAUGUGUUCAGGCUCCACGACAGCACAGAUUACCCCUGGAGGCCGACCAUCAGCCACGCCGAAUUCUACAAACUUCUCCACAACCUGACGGCCAUCAAGAUCCGCGGCACCUACAGCGACAGGAGUGCUGGUUACCUGGAUGAUGUCUCCUUGGUGACAGCAAGGCGGGGACCAGGUGUCCCGGCCCGCUGGGUGGAGCAGUGCACGUGUCCUCAAGGUUACCAGGGUCAGCACUGUGAGCAGUGCACGGUUGGAUACCGCCGCGCCCAGCCGGAGCUCGGACCCUUCAGCUCCUGCGAGCCGUGCAACUGUAACGGCCACAGCGAGACCUGCAACACCAACACAGGAGCGUGCGACUGUCAGGACAACACGGCCGGUCUGAGCUGCGAGCGCUGCCAGGACAGUUUUUAUGGCGACGCCACCCAGGGAACGCCAGGUGACUGUCAGCCAUGUCCCUGCCCGCCCGGAGCCACCUGCGCUGUCGUUCCCAGAACCAGAGAGGUGGUGUGCACCAACUGCCCCACUGGGACUACAGGUAAGCGCUGCGAGCUGUGCGAUGAUGGAUUCUUCGGCGACCCUCUGGGUCAGAACGGCGGCGUAGUCCGAACGUGUCGGAGCUGCAAGUGCAGCGGCAACAUCGACCCCAACGCCGUCGGAAACUGCAACCGCGAGAACGGAGAGUGCCUCAAAUGCAUCUACAACACCGACGGCUUCUUCUGCGACCGCUGCAAAGAGGGUUUCUAUGGCAACGCGCUGGCCCCCGAGCCUGCCGACAAGUGCAAACCCUGCGCCUGCUCGCCGCUCGGCACCAGGAACCAGCAGACCAGCUGCUCUCAGGGCACGGGUCAGUGCGAGUGCCUCCCCAACGUGGCCGAACGCGACUGCAGCGCCUGCAUGCCCGGCUUCUUCAACCUGCGGAGCGGGAAUGGCUGCGAGCGGUGCAACUGCAAUCCCAUUGGCUCCACCAACGGCCAGUGUGACAUCGUUACGGGACAGUGCGAGUGUCAGCCGGGCGUCACCGGCCUUCGGUGCGAGCGCUGCGAGACCAACUUCUUCGGCUUCAGCGUGUCUGGAUGCAAACCCUGCGAUUGCGACCCCGAGGGCUCCGUGUCGGGUCAGUGUAAGGAGGACGGUCGCUGCGAGUGUCGGCCCGGCUUCGUCGGAGCUCGGUGCGACAUGUGUGAGGAGAAUUACUUCUACAACCGCUCGGUGCCGGGCUGCCAGCAGUGUCCUUCCUGCUACAGUCUGGUCAGAGACAAGGUGAACCAGCAGAGGCAGAAGCUUCACGAACUGCAGACGCUGAUCGAUAACCUCGGCUCGGGUCAGGACACCGUCAGCGAUCAGGCCUUCGAGGAUCGUCUGAAGGAGGCAGAGAGGGCCAUCAUGGACCUGCUGGAGGAGGCCAAGGCCAGCAAAGAAGCGGACCAAGGCCUGCUGGACCGCCUAAACGGCAUCAACAACACUCUGACCACUCAGUGGAACCGUCUGAAGAGCAUCCGAAACACAGUGGACGACACCGGCACUCAGGCCGACCUCGCCCGGGGCCGAGUACGUGACGCCGAGAACCUGAUCGACCGCGCCCGCCAGGAGCUGGACAAAGCCAAGGACGCCAUCAGCAAAGUGGACAUCAAACCGCCCGGCGGCACCGGAGCGCCCAACAACCUGACGCUGCUGGCCGAGGAGGCGCGGAAGCUCGCCGACAAACACAAGAUGGACGCUGACCAGAUUGAGAGGAUCGCCAAAGACGCCAACGAUACGUCCAACAAAGCAUACAACCUGCUGCAGAAGACUCUGGAGAAAGAGAGGAAAACGAGCGAGGAGAUCGAGGAGCUCAACACGAAGUACAACGAGGCGAAGGAACUGGCCAAGAGCCUGGAGAAACAGGCCACCAAGGUUCAGACCGAGGCCGAGGAGGCCGGAAACAAAGCUUUGAAGCUCUUCGCUAACCUGACCAGCCUCCCACAGAUCGACACCAAGGCCCUGGAGGAGGAUGCCAAUAAGAUCAAGAAGGAGGCGGCGGACGUCGACAAGCUGAUCGAUAAGACGGAGAAGGAGUACAACGACCUCCGAGAAGACCUGAAGCCCAAAGAGCAGGAAGUGCGCAAACUGCUGGAUAAAGGCAAAAGUGAACAGCAGACGGCCGAUCAGCUGCUCGCUCGAGCCGACGCCGCCAAAGCUCUGGCCGAGGAGGCGGCGAAGAAGGGCCAGGCGACGUUUAAGGAGGCUCAGGACAUCCUGGACAACCUCAGAGAUUUUGAUAAGAGGGUCAACGACAACAAGACCGCCGCAGAGGAAGCCUUGAAGAAGAUCCCCAUCAUCAACGCCACUAUCAUGGCCGCCAACGAGAAGACCAGGCAGGCGGAGGAGGCGCUGGGCAACGCUGCCGUCGAUGCUCGAGAGGCAAAGAGCAAGGCGGAGGACGCCGAGAGGAUAGCCAGUAAUGUGCAGAAGGGCUCCGCCAAGACCAAAGAGGAGGCGGAAAAAGCCUUCCAGGACACCACCAAUCUCGACAACGAGGUCAACGACUUGAUGGCACAGCUGACCGACGCAGAGAAGGAGCUCAAGGAGAAGAAGGCCCAGGCUGACCAGGACAUGAUGAUGGCGGGGAUGGCUUCAAACAGUGCAAAGGACGCCGAGGAUAACGCCCGCAAAGCGAAGAGUACAGUGAAGACGGUCCUGAAGGUCAUCACGGACCUGAUGAACCAGCUCGGAAACAUCGAUAAGAUCGACCUGAGCAAACUGAAUGAGAUCGAUGAGUCGCUGAAGAAGGCCAAGGGCGAGAUGGACAAAAGCGACCUGGAGAAGAAGCUUAAGGAGCUGAACAACGUGGCGCAGACUCAGGAGGCGAUGAUCAACGACUACGACCGGCAGAUCCGCGAGAUCCGCGCCGACAUCGCCAACCUCAACGACAUCAAGAACACAUUACCCGAAGGCUGCUUCAACACGCAGUCCCUGGAGAAUCCUUAACCCUAACCCCGCCCUUCUCUUCCUCUAGCCCCGCCCCUUGCCCCACACUCACAUCUAACACUCUGGCGAGCACGCCGCCUUUUACCAAAAACACUUUUUGUUUCAGAUUUUUUUUUUCUUUGACGAGACAGAAGCCGACGUGUGAAACCAUGAUCACGUUUUCAGCCGCCGAGAAGCAGCUGAUUUUUAUUUUCCCGAGACGCAGGGGCGUGGUUACGCUCGAACGAACUAAACGGCGUCGAGAAGCCGUGCGGAGGAACCAGAACCACAAACCCGACGUGACUGCAGCCGUCUGCUCCACAGCAGGAAGUUUGAGCGACGCAGGAAGCUCUGCCCACAUUUCUGUUUUCUGUGUCCCACCAGCCAUUUCCCAUCGUGCCCAGGGGCGCUUUCGCAGCGUCCGCUCACUGAACGCCACUGCCUCCUCUAACCGGCAAACACAGUGAAGGAACCCUCGCUUUUCCUCUGAAGCUACGUGCCCAUGCAAACAGCAGGAGACCUCCUCAUCCUGCACCUCCUCCGACAGUGUUUUCUCCUCCAAACAGGUUAAAGAUGCAAACUCGGCCGCUCCGCGACGAACCGCAGAAAUCCAAAAACAUUUCAAAACUAAACUCGUUUCUAGACGACGCAUCGCGAUGAUAUCAAGAUUUCUCGUCAAGCUUGCAAAAAAUUAAAAAUGUAAAACUUGGAAUAUUGAGCCUGAAGAUGUAAACCUGGGAGAUUCUCUCGAGUUACGAAGGUAAAAUGAAUGCGCCGUCAUGACUGUGAGAGAUGUGAGAUUCAGGAUGUUGUUAAAAAGAUAAAAUGCCGAGUGAGCGUUUUUACCCAGAAUGGCUCUAAAACGCUGAUUUCUUUCUUGCAAUGAGAUGAAAUCUCGAUGUUAUUUCGAUGUUCUUGACGAUUUCCUGUCGCAAGACGAUCUGGGAGAGCGACGCGAGCAUUGCUGCUCCUCGGUGUCGAUAAGCUGUCGCAGGUGUUUGGCAGGAAGUCUUUUCAGUUUUGUGUUUUCGGGGCUUUUCCUGCUUCGUCUUCGGCGCGCUCUCCACGCUUCAACGCUCCCGUCUGGACUGUCACGCGUUAACGCUUCGCUCCAGGCUCGAUCCAACACUAUGCAACUUUGUACAUUUUGCGUAGCGAGAGUUUUAUCUGAUACACUGGUGCUAAUAAUAAUUAUUUCAAAUGUUCUAUUUUUGUGUGAAUGUUUUUUUUAUUAUUCUGACACAGAGUGAGGAACUUUUGUCGUGUGUAAAUAUCUGAUGAUUCAGGACGGGCUGAUUUUCUCCACCCUGCAAACAGCCUCCAUCACAAUCAAUCAACGGGAACCUCCAGCAUAAAUAUCUAUAAAUAUCUAUAAAUAUGAAUAUCUCAUCACAUGUGCCUAGUUAUUAUUAUUAUUAUUAUUAUUAUGCUUGCUUGUAUACAAGGCUCAGUGUUGCUCCCUCAUAGCGACACCAUUACGUUUGUGUUUUGAUUCUCGUGUUUGUUUUCACCCUCUCACCAAUCAGGUUGUUUUUUGAGUGGGCGUGGCCUGCCUCACCAGUCAUUUCACUGAAUGGAGUUAACAAGUCACAUGUGGCUAAAGUAGCUUUUGAUUAGUGUUUUUGUGCCUUAAUAUUAAAGUUCCUGCGAGGGCGUCCAUGCUUUCAUUUUGUCCUCGUGUCGGUACUGAAGCAGGUUUUUCUUUUUGUUGUUUAAAAAUCAGGUCCCAAACAGAAUUUAAAAUGCCACUAGACUAUUGUGCUUUUAUUUUGAAACCCCCUCCCCUGACCAGUGCUGGGGAGGCUUUUGUCUGUUUUUAUUUCCCUCCUCCAUCCAUUCGGCCGCUCUGCAGGUGGUGCAGCUCACGUGAUGUAUAAACAGUAUUUUAAGUUAUAAUGAACCGCUUAUUCGUUUUGCACCGCCCCCCACGUCGCCUCAGACAGUGAUGUGCGAGCUGCGCGGCGUGCAGGGCCGCAUGUCUGCAGCCCUGUGAGGACCUGAACCACCCGAGUGUUUGUUCUUGUUUGUGCCCACGUGCCUGUAAAUCCAAACGUAACAUUUGAAUAAUAAAUAAAUUCCUACAGUUU